AUGCACCUUUCUUCAUUUUUCUCUACAGCUCUGCUGUUCUCGACCGCUAUCGCGGCGCCACAGCCUGAUUACUCUGUAACAAGUGCGGCUCAACAUGGCAAGGUUGCCAAGUAUCAGAAGCAAUGUCCCUUCAGCAUUCCUCAUGUCAAACCCCACAAUCAACGAUAUGAGCACGCGCUUAACUUCCCCAAGGGAUGCGAAAGCGGUAAAUUCAUCAAUUGGAAGACUUUCAAGGCCAAUGGUGUCAAUCUGGGCGCCUGGCUUGCAAAGGAAAAGACCCACGACCCCGUCUGGUGGAGUUCUCUCGGCACCAAGGCCGCUGCUACAAUCGAUGAAUGGGGCUUGUGCCAGGCUCUUGGAAAACAAUGUGGUCCAAUCUUGGAGAAGCGCUACGAAUCUUUUCUGAAUACUUCCACCAUUGAUACACUUGCCAAGGUCGGGGUCAAUACCCUUCGCAUCACUACCACCUAUGCCGCCUGGGUCAAGGUCCCUGGAUCUGCUUUCUAUCAUGGCAAACAGCAGGAACAUCUACGCAGGAUUACUCAAUAUGCCAUUGAACGGUAUAACAUGCAUAUCAUUAUCGGCCUUCACUCUUUACCUGGUGGUAUCAACAACCUCGACAUUGGCGAAGCUUUUGGGCAUGAUGGCUGGUUCUAUAAUUCUACCAAUCUGGCUUGGAGCUUCAAGGCUGUUGACAAGGUCCUCGACUUCGUUAAAGCAAGCGGCCACAAGAACGCCUUCACGAUCGCCCCUCUAAACGAAGCCAGUGAUAACUUGGCUGGUUUUGGAUCGGCAGCUGGUCUCUCCGACAAAGCGACCAACUGGAUUCUCACAUACAUGAACGGUGUUUUCCAGCGCGUCGAAGCCGUUGACAAGCGUAUCCCAGUCAUGCUCCAAGAUAACUUCAAGGGCGCGGCCUUCUGGUCUCCACUGUUCGACAAGAAGCGCAACCUCGUCAUCGACUCGCACGUAUACUACUUUGCCGCGUCGGGGACCUAUUCUCAGUAUGUGGCGCCUGCUGUGUGCGGACAAGCAAAGUAUCUCGCUGAGGAGACCAAGUUCCCCGUGUUUGUCGGUGAAUGGUCCUUGCAGACUAUGUACAACAACACACUAUCGGUACCUAAUCGCAAGACGAUCUUUGAUACUCAGCGCUAUGCGUGGCAGAAGUAUGUCGCUGGUGGCGCUUUUUGGACAGCUGUGUCUUACUCUACUACGCCUGUGGAUGGACAAGGUAUCCAGAGGGAUUACUGGAGUUAUGUUGACUUGAUCAGGGCUGGAGUGAUUACCAAAGCCACAACCAAGAGUUAUUGCUAA